CUUCCUCUUCUUCUUGUCUUCCUUCCAUUCUUUCUUUUUGCGCGCUGUCCUUGCCUUCGCCUCCUCCCACCUGCGACGUUUUCUCUUUUCUUCCUAUUUGAUUUGUUGCUGUUGUGGGCGCGCACUCGCCAACAAUGACUCGCCGUCUCCGGGAUUUCCCCGCAAACUUGAUCACGUUCCACGGCGUCAUUUGACUCGCAAGGCGACGAGGAUGAUGAUGCUGAUGAUGCUGAUGAUGAAGGUGACGCUCCGGCCGCACUGAUCCGCGCAGCCAAGGCAGCCAUGGCCGGCGGCAACUUGGGGAUUUUGACCGCAGCACUUCUGGCGUGUGCGCGCGUGGGCGCGCGUCCACCCGCGGGAGGGAGUUGGGACUUUGAACUCGGACCGGCUUCCAAACAAAAACUCUACCAAACUACGGUACCUCUUCAACUGGUCGGACAAGACUGGAAACCAAUGCACCUGCUCCAAUCCCAGAGUCACCCGACGUCGCUGAAGCUGCUGAUCGAGGCGGAAGGGGAACGGCUGCUUUUGACGCUGCACAAAAACCAGGGAUUGUUUGCAAGCAACUAUAAAGAAACUCAUUACCUGCACGACGGCACCGCAGUCACAGACACGCACAACUCUUUGGCUCACUGCUACUACCACGGCCAAGUGGAGCGUCACCCGGACUCUGACGUCAGCAUCAGCACCUGCAACGCCACACUCAAGGGCUUGAUAUCGGUGGACAGCAGAUCGUACGUGGUGGAGCCGGCGGCCCGCGGCGCCCGCGGAACUCACUGGAUCUACGCAACGCGGCACCUCCGCUUGCCGCGCGGCACCUGCGGACAUAACUUCGACGUGUUAGAGCCCGUUCCGCCGCCGGACCGCAACCCUUUCAAAUCCUUCAGCACCAGGCACAAGCGUCACAUCCAGACCACCACCAAGUUCGUGGAGCUGGUCAUCGUAGCCGACAACCGCGAGUUUCAGAAGCACGGCAAGGACGUGGAGAAAGUCAAGCAGCGCCUGGCCGAGAUCGCCAAUUACGUGGACAAGUUCUACAGGGCCCUGAACAUCCGCGUGGCCCUGGUGGGCCUGGAGGUCUGGAGCGACGUGGACAAGUGUCCCGUCACGCAGGACCCCUUCACCACCCUGCACGAGUUCCUGGACUGGAGGAAAGUCAAGCUGCUGCCUCGCAAACCUCACGACAACGCCCAGCUCAUCAGCGGGGUGUACUUCCAGGGUACCACCAUCGGCAUGGCGCCCAUCAUGAGCAUGUGCACGGCUGACCAGUCCGGAGGCAUCGUCAUGGAUCAUUCGGACAACCCGCUGGGCGCGGCGGUCACGCUGGCCCACGAGCUGGGCCACAACUUCGGCAUGAACCACGACACCCCCGAGCGGGGGUGCGGCUGCCGGGCGACGGCGGACCGCGGCGGCUGCAUCAUGACUCCUUCCACCGGGUUUCCCUUCCCGACGGUGUUCAGCAGCUGCAGCAAGAAGGACCUGCAGGCCAGCUUGGACAAGGGGGUGGGCAUGUGCCUCUUCAACAUGCCCGAGGUCAAAGUGCUCUACGGCGGACAGAAGUGCGGCAACAGCUACGUGGAGGAAGGCGAGGAGUGCGACUGCGGCGAAGUCGAGGAAUGCGCCAAUCCCUGCUGCAACGCCACCAGCUGCACCCUGAAGGGCGGCGCCACCUGCGCCCACGGCCAGUGCUGCCACGACUGCCAGCUGAAGCCGGCGGGAACCCCGUGCCGCGAGUCGGGCAACUCGUGCGACCUGCCCGAGUUCUGCACGGGCGACGCCCCCCACUGCCCCGCCAACGUCUACCUGCACGACGGGCACGCCUGUAGCGGCGUGGACGGCUACUGCUACAACGGCGUGUGCCAGACGCACGAGCAGCAGUGCGUCACGCUGUGGGGGCGAGGUGCCAAAGCCGCGCCCGGCAUCUGCUUCGAGAGAGUCAACUCGGCGGGCGAUCCCUACGGCAACUGUGGCAAAGAUGCCAAAGGAUCGUUUGCCAAAUGUGACGCACGGGACGCCCAAUGCGGCAAAGUCCAGUGCCAAGGGGGCGCCAACCGCCCCAUCAUCGGCACCAACGCCGUCUCCAUAGAAACCAAUAUCCCCUUGCAGCAGGGCGGCAGGAUCCUGUGCCGCGGCACGCACGUCUACCUGGGCGACGACAUGCCGGACCCGGGCCUGGUCCUGACGGGGACCAAGUGCGGUAGCGGAAUGAUGUGCCUGAACCGCCGGUGUCAGAACGUCAGCGUUUUCGGCGUGCACGAGUGCGCCGCCAAGUGCAACGGGCGAGGGGUGUGCAAUAACAACAAGAACUGCCACUGCGAGGCCCAUCGCGCGCCCCCUUUCUGCGACUCGUCCGGUUUCGGGGGCAGCGUGGACAGCGGUCCCGUCCGACGGGCGGACGGCGUCCACGUGACGGCGGGCGUCCUGGCGGCGCUGCUCGGCGUGGCGGGGGCCGCCCUGGUGGUGUGCAUCAAGCGGAAAAGCCUCCAGAGAGUUCUGUCCACUGCCAAGAAAGAUCCGACUAACAAAUUCAGGUCCGUAAGCGCCUCGACGGGCGCGCCGCCCACCCCCAAGCGACAUCGACCAACGAGCGUGGCGUCGCCUUCCCGACCGGCGCCGCCCUUGCCUCACAGCGCCACCAUCUUUAAGCCCCCUCAGCGUGGGCCGCAGGCGCAGCCCCCGCCGCCGCCGUACCCGUCGCACAGCCUUCGCCGCCUCCCCCGGUGCCAGCCUCUCUCGCUCAGCGUGUCGCCCCCUCGUCCUCAUCCUCACGUCCGCGUGGCGCUGGCGAGAAGGCCGGCCGUCGCCUUCCGCGGCGCUGCCCCCCUCAACACCUGCAGGAUGGAAGGGGAGCGGCCCGGCCCCCCCCAGAAGCCUCUUCCCGCGGACCCGCAGGCCGCUCACGCCGGACCAAGGCCGGGACCAAGACCGGGACCCAGAUCCGUGCUUCCCCACUCGGCAAAAAGUGUGGCGGUGCAGCCCCCCGCACCCCCCAAGCCCCGCGUGGUGGCCAACGUCAAAUACGGCAGAUGAUGACGUUGCCGCGGCGACGGCGGACCCAUUUUGCACUAGGGCUGCCUCCAAAAUGGCGGCCCUGACACGCCUCCUUGGUGCUAACGAGUUCAGGUACACGCAAGUGAACUAUUUAUACGACCCCUCUAUUUAUUUGUGGCUACGCAACGCACUGUGCCUGACACUUUUUUUUUUUUUUAAUUAUUUUUGUUUUUACACUUUUUAUGACUCAAGAGGCAUGAUUUACAGCCAUUUUUUUUUUUUUUUAUGAAAAAAAAAUAAAAUGAUGGACUGUUAUAAAAAGUCAGUCUGUGAGCAACAGUGGGGCCUUGACUUAAAAGUAAAGUAUGUACAGGAGUUGGAUUUUUUUUUUAUUCAAAACUGAGAACAAAAUUCUGAAACCCGAUCAAUAGGCCAAUAAAUUCCAAAAAUAGAUCAUGAAUAAAAGAAAUUGUUUUUUGGGCCCUCAAUCCUUACAGCAAUAAAGAUAUGAAUUACAACACAAAAUCACUUUUUGGCCAUGAGAAUUUAACUUUACUCCAGAAAGUAAAAUCAGAAAAAAAAUUGGUAGAUUUUGGCCAAUUUACAUUUUUUUCUUUGAAUGAUCUUUGUCUUAUGCUGUCACGUGUUAAUAUUUUGUUUUUUAAGCCUUUGACGGCUUUUUGAAAGCCACGAAAAAUGUCAUUUCAACAAGGAAAUUCGGUUUGAGUAAAGUGAGCUCCGAGGUUCGAUCCCCGCAAUGAAUUCCACUCACAAGUCGAGGCACGUUUGAAGGGGAAAAAGUAUGUGACGCGUUCGGUUGGUGGUUAAAGCUGCCCUAACCCUUUUUCACUCAUCCUAUAUUUUUUUCAUGGCACAAUUUUUAGCGGUGAUUUUCACAGUUUUAUUUUGCUUUCAUGGCAGUUUUUUAAAUCAUUUUUUGACUCAUGCUAUUUUUUUUUAAAUCACUACUUUUGAAUAUGUUUUUAUCUUUUAUUGUAACAAUCGUUUUUUUGCAUUUGCAUUUUUUAAGCAAUCAGUGUUAGUUUUUUUUUUUUUUGGUUGCUUUUUCACCCUUUACAGUUUUUAACAGUUUUUUUAAAAAAAAUUAACCUGUCAUUUUUUUAAACAAACAUUUUUUUCUACAUUUUUGAUGACCUUUUCUACCUGGCACAUUUUCUUUACCAGUCACAUUUUGUAUUCUCGUGUUUUAUUUUUA